CACUGUGCCCUAAUGGCGAUCUGUAACCAAUCUCAUUUCCGUUCCAUCUCCCUCUCUCCUCCGUCGACUUCGAGUCUCUUCCUUUCCAAACCCACUUCCUCAACCUUCACUUUUCGAUUCCACAGCUUCAGAUGCAACAGCACUCUUCUCUCCAAAACCCUAGAGGCCGAACCAGAACCAGUCCUCACAGCCGUCAAAACCUUCGCACCUGCAACGAUCGCUAAUCUCGGUCCGGGUUUCGACUUCCUCGGAUGCGCCGUCGAUGGUGUAGGCGAUUUCGUCUCUUUACGAGUCGAUCCAGAUGUUUGUCCAGGUGAGCUCUCAAUCUCCUCUAUUAAUGGCGUAGGAGAUAGUUCCUCAAGGCUCAGCAAAGAUCCUCUUUUGAAUUGCGCCGGAAUCGGAGCGAUGUCCGCCAUGAAAAUGCUCGGGAUAAGAUCGGUUGGUCUCUCGCUCUCUCUAGAGAAAGGAUUACCACUAGGGAGCGGUCUCGGAUCUAGCGCUGCAAGUGCCGCCGCUGCCGUUGUAGCUGUGAAUGAGAUUUUUGGUCGGAAACUGUCCAGCUCAGAUCUUGUCGUCGCAGGGCUGGAAUCGGAGGCUAAGGUCUCAGGUUACCAUGCUGAUAACAUAGCACCGGCGGUUAUGGGUGGGUUUGUGCUUAUCCGCUGCUACGAGCCUCUUGAUUUGAUCCGAUUGAGUUUUCCCAUCGAUAAGGAGCUAUUUUUCGUUCUCGUCACUCCUGAAUUUGAAGCUCCGACGAAGAAAAUGAGGGCUGUGUUGCCGUUAGAAAUCGAAAUGUCACAUCAUAUAUGGAAUUGUAGCCAAGCAGGGGCGUUGGUGGCGUCUGUGUUGCAGGGGGAUUUGAGAUUAUUGGGGUCGGCAUUGUCGUCGGAUACGAUUGUGGAGCCGAAACGAGCGCCACUGAUUCCUGGGAUGGAAGCUGUGAAGAAAGCCGCAAUCGAUGCGGGAGCGUUCGGGUGUACAAUUAGUGGCGCAGGGCCUACGGCAGUUGCAGUGACGGAUGAUGAGGAGACGGGGAAAAAGAUUGGGUAUCGAAUGGUGGAAGGUUUCAUCAAUGAUGGAGGUUUGAAGGCGUCUGCUAUAGUUCGGAGACUUGAUCGGGUAGGUGCGAGGAUUGUUAGUAACUGUCCCAGAUGAAGAGCUAUAUGUAUCUGGUUUCUGGAGUUCAUUCUUACUCUUCAUUAUCCAAGGAGAAAGAGAGCUUCUGAAACCUCUAGGGUUUUAAAUAAUUGAGAUAAGAUGAGAAUUUGAAGAGGUGAUUGGUUCUCUGUUCUACGCCCAAAAUUUUCCAAAUACAGAGCACUGAUAAGCUUAUUCUUAGUAGUCUCCUAAAGAGGGCAAGAGAUGG